CUUACUUAAAAGUUCUUUAUUCCUAUCGUGUCCUUCAUUCCCACAUACAUAAAAGAGAAACGCAAGAUGUCAAACCGAGCGCGUGCAGCUCGUCGCAGCAAAGGCGCUGGGAAAAAGGGCGGGGACGGAUCGCAGUCGUACACGUUAAUUCAGUUGAACACAAGACAGCUCCGGUUUACGCAGGACAACAUCAGCAGAGACUUCCAGGAUAAUUGGGGGCCCGUGGAGAAUCUGAUCGCGCGACUGAUGGACUGUCCGCACGACCCCGGCCACAUCUUGGGCGAAAAUAUUCUGGUGGUGGCUCAGCAUCCGUCCCGUCCCCGCGAGCCGGGCCGAGAGCCGACUUACUACGCAAUCAGCAACCGUCGUGGGUACGCUUACCUCAUCGCCCGACCAAACAAAACUGUACGGGCUUUCGAGUUGGUCGACCGCCACGCGAUCCAGUACCAUUUCAAGCACAAGUUUUCGAGCCUGAGCGACGGGCUUUUUCUCACACUAACGUCGAGGGGGCACAAGAAGAAGCUGCAGACGCGAUUCGGCGAUUCCAUCUACGAGCGCCACAUCCCCUUGCAUCCUGAUGACCUGGCAGACGUCCGCGAGGAAGUUCAGGACAUGGUCAAAACGUACCAUUUGGCGGACUUGAGUUUGCGCGAAUAUCUCCCCGGAAAGAACCCAAAUCUUUUUCGCGUCCGGGAGUACAAUUCUACGCACGCAGCAGCAGCUGCCGGUAAGGAGGCAUCGACAGGGUGUCGCGUGGGAGAUGUUAUAGCGCACGUCGUAGCGAGAACGGAGCAGGAGGCAACAGCUUGCGGCGGGCUAUUGUAUGACACCUACACACGACCACGAGUGGAGCUGGAGCUUAAGCAAAACAUAGAACAAGUAGAAAGCACCCGGGGUGGCGGUAGGGGCACGUAUGAAGAAGGCGGCGAUCAUGCUGACACAGCUCUGCCGCUAGUCUCACCUUUCGCGACCCCCGAGGAGGUAGCUGAACAUAUGCAAAUGCUGACUGACAGUUUUCGGAACAGCAGAAGCAACGAAGGCCUUGCUCGUGACGCCGCACAGCCAGUGCCGGGCGCUUUGACAACGGAACGAGAAGUGGCAGAGGACAGACAUUCGCAAAUGGGAGUGGGGGAUCGACGAAGGUCGCGCAGAAGGUCUCGCUGCAGAAGCAGGUCACGAACGUCUACAAUAUCUCACGCGCCGCCGUCAACCAACCCAACUGGCGCUGUCUUUCUAACUGCGCGAGCGGAUCUACGUCGCGCAUCUACCAGAAGACCGUCGGUCGCCGAAGCUGGUACAAAGCGAAGGCGAGUGGAAUUGGUCGAAAGAGAUGACAGCGCGCAGAAGGAGUGGCCACAGGAUGACGCAAGCUGUAGCAGCCGGGAUCUUGUUUCCGAAGAUGAAGAAUCAUCCUCAUCACGGGGCCCGAUCAUGCCAUAUCCCUUCAUCGCGACAGGGCUGGAGGUUUCGGAUCAGGGCCGCGGCAAAGCGCAACCGGAAGCGACUAUGGAGGAAACCCCUGGCGCAAGCUCGCGGCGCAGCAGAAGUCCUGACGACGACGCUAUGCGGAUGCAAGCGCGGAGAAAGCUUGUUUUGGAGAAAAGCCGCGCGACUGCGAGUAUGUGCCUCGCAAAACUGCAGCAGCAAUCAUCAGCCAUCGCAACCAGACUUCGCAGCGAGGAAGACAAAAGGGCUGCGGGCGCAGCGGCAACAGCAAGCUGGAUCGCGGACCUUCAGGCCGCCGUGGAUAAAGGCAAAGAUUUACACAGCGCGGCAAAGGAAGCCGUGCGGAAAUUGCAGCUAAACGCCACGAAAACAACGACAUGGCGCGACUGGAUUCUCGAGGAACUGAAACCGAUCGAGCGACAUUGUGCGGAGGUCAGUCGAGAGUUUGAAAUGCAAGAAAGGCGACUGGGUCGCAUUCGAAGGUUCGUUACUCACUGACGAGGUGGAAACUGAUCUAUUCCUAUUUGGUUAACUGUAGGACGCGACGUGCAGAACUUUGAUCCCUAGUGCAUACCCAUGAUUCCGACAAGCGCUUUCGUUUCUUCCUCUUAUGAUUCCCGCAAUGAAUUCUUGGAUCAAGCAACGGCACACGGCGCAUUUUGCUGCGUCAAAAACAGCAUGACGUUCUCAAAUGAAGACUCAGGCUGUGCAAGAAAAGGUCCGCGACAAUAAGAGUCCUUAAGGAUCCUCAUCGCGCACAACGGCUCGACCUUGAUCCUGAUUGUAAGUAGUAGCGCCCUCGCUUUUACUUCGCCCAAAAUCGGACAUAAACUUGGGCGACGAGAGGCUUCCUCUGCCUGUCUUGCGGGGUCUUUGGAAAGCAUACGCAUCUGUGCCGGUGACUCCAUAAUAAGUAAAGAAGAUCUUGGUCUUAUAUGUAUUUGCUCUAGUGCUGUGCAGAGCUUUAGUUUAUUGUUCCGCAACAAGAGCAUCAAGCUGCGACAUACGCUCACCGGCCUGCUCUUUGUCUCAGUUGUCUCUUCUUGUUACUUUUUUCUUCGCUGACUAAUGUAAGAAAUAAAAAUGUAUAGUGGCUGGGUUUGGGAGUCCGGGGGGCGCAAGAAUAAGG